AUGAAUAGCAGUACUCUGUUAGAGUUUUUUGGGCGUGUUCUGUUCAGUUUUACCCGAAGCGUAACAGAUCAUUGUAACCCCGAAGAGCCGGAAUACACCGCGGAGUCCUUUGGUUAUAAUCCUCUAGAAAGCACGGGCAGAGAAUGGUACUCUCGUCCAGUUGAUGAGUUCAUUUACCAGGAAUACAGUGACAGAGAACUUCGAACAAGCUUCAACUAUAUGGCGACCAGCAGUCUUAAUAUAAAUGUACGAGAUGCGUGCUCUCUGGAGGAGCCUGAAAACGACGAAGCAGCGCGGAAAGAAGAGGAGCUUAGAGAUGCAGCAUUAGCUUGGAAGCGACUUCGUCCAUCAGUUUGUCGCACGAUUUGGAAAUCAAUGUACAUUGGCGCGUUGAUUUCGCUGGUUGCCGCUACCAUUGUAGGUGCAGUGUGUACUGUAGUUUUCUACAUCAGUUUUAUGACUAUUAACAUUUGCCAGUUUUAUCCAAAGAAAUUAAUUCCAGUACGUUUGCAGUGGAUGAGAACAAUUUCAUGUUCGAUUGCUUAUGCUUCCUUUCACAUUUGGUUCUUUACAAACGCCCUGUUUCUUUUUCGUUCGUACCAGCUCAAGGGGGUGAGACGAAAACUGUUUUUGCCAUGCUGCGUGGCUUAUUCGCUUGAUGUGGCAUAUCGAGUGAUACUUCAGGUCCUCGGGAUGUCCAAUUCUUCAAAACUUUCUUCUUUGCAAAAAAUUCCACUUAAUGUUAACUUCUUCAUCAGUGUUGGAGUUCAAGCUUACGUUUUAACGAAGCUGUUCUGUCGGUUGCCUUCAAAAAAACGUAAGGUGAGUUUAUUUUUGCAAAUAAAUUUGCCAGGGUGCCUUACUGUUUUUGCUGGAAUUGUGAUCGCUCGUUGCAUCUACCCUUGGUAUAACAAGCAAGACAAGGAUGGCAAAUUAUUGAUCGCAGUCUUUGCUCCUCUUAUUGGUGUUUUCCUCAAACCGUUCUCGCGAAUUUGUGCUCAACAGUUAUAUAACGUAGCCCAUCCGGGAUAUGCCUAUGUACUUUUAACUCCACUGUAUUGUGGAACGGCGGUCAUGUUUCGAAUUAUGCAAGCCGACCUUGGUAGUUUGCAGUCGAUUGCCACUCUUGGAAUCAUCCACGGCCUUGCUGAAGUCAUAGAACGAAGUUCUAUGGUUAUCAUUGAUCAUUUCUUGAAUUGGCUUUGGAAAUUAAGAACACCAGCCCCCUGGGGAAGUUUUCGCACUCCCCGCCGAGAGAGACUAAUGGCAGAUAUCGCCAUCAUGAGCAUGCAGUACGAGUCAGCGGCAAUCGUGUCUGUAAACGGACUUUUGUUCUUUUAUCAACUUACCUACUUUGAUAAAAACUCUUUUCUAACUUCGUUGCAGUCUUUUGGCAUCAACACUUCAGUUCCUUUGAUAAUCGAGUGGUUUUUCAACAGCGUAUCUCUGGCAAUAGAAACUCGGUAUCAAAAUAUGGCCGUGAUAGCAGUCUGGGCGAGACAGUGGAAGAAACAUCUCCUUGUAGCGGUGUUUAAUUCAGCGCUCAUAGCUUUGUGGACCAGCACAAACUUACUAGAGGUUGUCUAUCAAAAUGAACAAUUGUCCGACCAGGUGAACUUAAAUAAAACUUGUAAAAUGCCUUUUACAUGAGCUGCUAGCUAUCGGUGACUGAAGAAAUGCUAUCAGAUUUACUUACGGAACUUAUUGGACCGCCUGAGGGUGGUUAGACUGCGAGCAGUCUCACUUUUUUCUUGGUCCGUCUAGCAAAACGCGCUAGACACGCAAAUGACCACGCGCACGGCUGAAGGGGCGAGACGGGAGAGGCUUCCCUCGUUUCUCGCUCGACGCUCGCGCGCGCGUGAACUCCUCUCACUAAAACUGAAGAAAAAGAAAGACAGUUCGCAGUCUAGAGGGUAGAGGUGGCGUCUGUGCUGCUGAUCUUGUUGCUAUCUACGUCGCUCUAGUACGUUCUGUGCUAGAGUAUUGUUGUGUAGUUUGGCAUACCGCCCUUCCCGCCUAUCGGUCUAGUGAAUAGCUGGUCCAAAUGCGAGCUUUAAGGAUAAUACACCCCCCGAUCUUCAUACCAUGUAGACUUAGUACUUGCUCAAAUCGCUAGUUCGCCUACCGUUUGGCGAUUCUGGCGAUUAAUCGCUCUUCCUGCCACUCUCGUCCAUGCUCUACACCCCCCCCCCCCCCCCCCCCCCCCCCCCUUGAGGACAGGCGCAAUGGACUCUGUAUGAAAAAAUGAAAUCUAUAAGCCUCUGGAAUGCCAUAAGCAUUUUCUACCGUUUUUCUUCAGGUAAAAUUGGUCUUACUAUGAUACAAAAUGGCACCUAAUUGUUUAUACUGAUCAUCAUUAAUAUAUUCUAGGUAUUGUCACAAAUACAUGUUGUUCCCAUUGUCCCCUCCAAUUCCAUGUUAGAAACCUUGUUCCCAUAUUUAACUUUAGAAUCCAGGCGUCUGCACCUUGUCCGUGUUCUACGUAAUGGAUGAAAUCUGUAUGAGGACUUUUGAAAAAAUUACAAGAGGCGGGCCCUUGUUAAAGCAUCUAACCCCGUCUGGGGCUAUCUCCCAGGACUAUUUCCCUUCGAAAUUCUAUCUCUUGGACGUCUUUUAAGUGUAAAACUGAGCAUUUUAGGUAAAGCUUCUACACUAACACUACCCUAAUGGCAAAACGCAUCAUCUUUUAAAAGUUAAAUAUAAUUCUUAUAACUGAUUAGUCUACGAUUUGUACUUACUAGGUUAGUAUAAUUUUUAGUAUAACUAUGAUUGAACCUUAGCUUAUUUUUGUACAAUAGGUUUCACUAUUCUCAUUUAUUAUAUUGUAAACUCCAGUCCCUGUACGGUUUUUGUAAUUUUUCAACAUAUUGUAAAAGCAUUGUAAUUCAUUUUUAAUGCGAGAAUGUGGUGAUCAAACAUCUUUAUUUUUAGGAAUGACAGCGUAAAAAACACUAUAAUGCAGGUUUAUAAUGUGUAAAAAUUCAUGCAUAUAUACUCUCCACUGUUCUCAGCACAUUUCUUAAUGGUACUGGCAUACAAAGGAGAAGUUUGUGAUUGAUUCAUCCCUUCAUUUCGUUCGUUUCAUUUUUUCGAGCCCCAUCUUUUUGUUUGUUUGAUGGGUUCUGGGUUUCUUAACGAGAAUCCGAUAAGGGAUUAUAAAUUCUUGAGUCAACACUUAGCACCAAUCAGAUGAUUCGAUCUGAACCCGAAUAUCAAUUACACUCGGAGAUUCAUGUCGUGAACGAAGGAAAAGCCUUGUCGUCAUGUGCUGGCGCAUUAUAAGUUCUGGGUUGCGUUGGUUAUCCGUUUUUCAAUCUUUUUUAACAAGGAAGUUGCUAUAACAAGUUGAAUUCUCGGUAAGCAAAAAACAGUGUUGGUACCUGAGAAAUAAAGAAAUGAACAAUCCGCCAAUAAAUAAUGUUCGUUGUUUAUUCCUUCCUGAAUGAAAAGUUACGCCGACCUCUGCUAAUUGCAAUUUGAAUAAACGGUUUAUACCUCUUUUGGAUCUUCUAGGGGCUGAAAAUGUGAUAAUCCGUGAGCUGCAGAUCUAUGUUAAAUACUGGCCCAUUUCCUAAACAAGCGCCGUAGGCGCAAGCUCUUAGGGGGUCCGGGGACAGGCCAUCAGUGUAAUAUUUUUUGGAUUUUAACUCCCUAAAGUCACCUUUCUAGGGUUUCUGGGUCAUCCAGGAUAUUGGACAGAUUUUAACUUUUUCUUUUUUCAUUAAAAACCUUAUGAAAACUCUGACUGAUUUCCGUAAAACGAUGGAAACCGAUGUGGUUCCUCAUCGCAUAAAAAUAUAAAGGGAUGAUGCAUCAGUCAAUUCCAGCUGCGCCCAUCGCCCCCCCCCCCACCCCUGGCUUACCCCGGGCACUAGCAUUUUCUUUGCCUUGGAUGGCGAAUUUCCGGGGGUGGGGACUCUUGAGCUGUCAAAUCCCCCGAGGUGGGGACGAAAAAAGAGGGCAAAUGCCCCGUCCUCCGUAAACACUGCAACAUUUUUCAUUGAUCGCAUAGUCGAAUAGUGCCGUUUUAAGCAUUUUAAUGUGAAUUUUUUGUUGCAAUUAACGUCUUCUUUUGUAAUAGCGCUAUGACUUCACGCCGCAACGACAUGCACCAGUUUAUAAUUUUAGUAUUGAUGUAAAAUUAUUGACUUUAAAAUAAUAGAGCGCUGUCAAGUUAUAUGUUAUGAACAGCUUUAUAAAUAUGAAAGGAUGUUUUUCAAAUAAUCUCAACAGAAAUUUGAUUCAAUAACCAAAAAAUGUUGAUUCACGUCGAUAGCCUCCGAUUUCGCUAUGUAAUUCUGGCUCAAUGAGCAAUGAAGAAAUGCAUGCAUAAAAUCAAGAACAUGCCUUUAUGUAUCGGUCAAAUCGAAGCUUCAACAUGCCCCCCCCCGGGCAUACCCCGGGCAUUUGACACCUUUGCCGUCCCGGGGAGGAGGGAAUUUGAUUAUCAGAGUCUUCCAGGGGGUGGGGAAUUUGAUCCCCAUGCUUUAGGGGUGGGGAAUUUGAACUGCACCCUCCAUUUCAUGUAAAAUCUUCGGCGUGGCGAGCUAUCAUGGGGGAUGCGGUGUUAGAGGAUUUUCGUGGAAAUGAUUGUUGUGUUUACAGUGAAAUACAAUACCCAUACCAGCGAUUCAAUACAGCAACAUAAAAUAAAAUAAAAAGCUCAGUCAACUACUUUGACCUACUGCAAGUAUGUUAAUUAAUAAGGUGAGCGAUGAUGCAUGUCAGUGAAUUUGUCAUGAUGUCGCAAUCUCAAUUGGUGGGAUCUUUUUUUAUAGAACGCUUUGUAUGUACGUGUUGCAUAACAAGAAAAGCUGAGCAUUCAGUGACCUUGUAGCAGCGAUUUCCGCCGCCUUGCACGAGACUUUUGUUCGUAGUAAAUACGCUAACAGCGUUUCUCAGUUUUUGUUAUAUUUAUAAAGCUUUUUUUGACAACUGAAGGCGUUUCUGCCGUCCUUCUGUCAUUUUUGUGCNGGGGGGGGGGGGGGGGGGGGCAUGUUGAGGCUUCGAUUUGACCGAUACAUUACAAACCUCCUCAAUUUUUCCUGUCCUUGACAGAUGAGCCAAUCUGCUUCUUUCCCAGUAAAAUCCGCUGUGUAGUUAUGUUCUGAUAGGAAACCGCCUGCGUGUCAAAAGCUCAGGAAUGGCCCCGGGGUUGGCAAAUGCGCGGCCCCCGGGCAGCACAAAAUUCCAAAUGCCCCACCCCCGGGACUGACAAGGCGGACAAAUGCCCCGCAGUAGCCCGGGGGGGUGCUGGGCGAAGCUGGAAUUGACUGAUGCUUAAAGAGGAAGAAUACAAUGAAGGUUUGCCUGUGCACUUACCUCCCUCCCUCCCACAAAAAUGGCUUUGUCAGGAAGAGUAACCACGCUUCGUUUGCAUUGCAUCCGCGCCUGCUGUUUUUGUCUCCGCCAUCUUCCUCAUCAGUUGCAUAAGACAUUUAUCAGCAAAAUAUUUCAUGUGAACGUUUAUAGGGUUCGGUUAUUUUCCUGUCGUUAGUGACUUUAGUGUUUUUUAUGUUAUGACAAUCUACAAGGCUGAAACAAGGAGCUAGUAGUGGUGAUGAUGGCUUAUAGGUUGUGUACCAGUGGAGUGAGUUCGUUGUUGAGCAGGACAAAUUUAAGACUUGUGCACUCGCAGGUACGACUUUUCACUAGUUUGUAAUCUAGGCUCAUGUAGUUUAGACUUUAGCCUAAGUUUUCGAUCAGUACGUUUAUUUAUCUUUCAUAUAGAAUUAUUCCUCAGUUCUUAUAAAGGUCUUCGUGGUUGUAGAUAUUACUCAUUUGUUUUGUCUAUGUGCAUUUUAGUUUGCCCGCUUCUCGCACGGCUCACGGUUUCUGCUGACUCAGAAUGCAAGGAGUUCUUGGAUGCUAGGAAGGAUUCUCAAUUUCGAUCCUCCAAAGGGUAAAUAAUUAGCAAUGAUACCAAUUACGUAAGAAAAAUCGUCUCAUGUAUUGUGAUAGUGAUUACAUCAUCCAGGCCCUAGUUGAACGCUAUCCAUCGGAUAAAUCACUAUCCAGUGGAUAGCGUAAUUGGUUUCCCUAACAUUUAUCUGUUGGGUAGUGAUUUAUGCGGCGGAUAGCGCUAUCCAACUUUUGAACAACUGGCGCCAGGACGUUACGGGUAAAUAAUUUUGAUAGUCGGUCAAAAUCAAUCGUUGGCGAUAAAAGUCGAUACUAAUCAAUUGACAGAUAUUUGAAAUCAAUAAAAGUCAAUCAUAAAAUUCUGUGUGAUUAUACUACUACAUGAGGAAUUUCUGCAAUUUGAUUGGCUUAGAGCAGUGGUAUUUCAGCUUAAUUUGAAAUACCUACAAGUGAAAAUUACAAACCUUUUGCGGGUAGUAGUAUAAACAAAUAAUUGCAUGAUUUGUAUGUGAUAUUCGGCAUAAAUGCCACUGAUGAUAUUUGAAAAUUGUCUCAAAUUUCACUUGCCUAACGGCUCGUGAAAUUACGUAUAACAAUUUUGAAAUAUCACUUGUGGUAUUUAUGCCAAAUAUCUCUACAAAUCAUGCUAUUACCUAUACUUAUGGAUUUCUAUCAAAAGUGGUGUUAUUAUUGACUUUUAGUCGAAAACUAUUGGUAGAUAAAAAGGAGCAGAAGUGACAGUUUCAAUAUCCAUUAGCAAGUUAAUAUACGAUCUAAAAGUUUUGCACCAUAUUAAAUCAGAUGAAGGACUUUUUUGAAAGUCUACUGAUACUUGAGCUAUUGCAACAUUCAUUGGAAUGGUUUUUAUAUCUGUUUGUAAAUAAGUAGCAUACGUGUGCAUUCGAAGCCUUGUGACGUCUACAUGUACACCGUAAUUUCUUCUCCUUACACUGCAUUCAUAUAAAGUUUGCAUAAAUCCUCAACAGAUAUUCUCAGAAAAGUCUGAGAAGUUGGGAUUACUUGUCCUGAGAUCAUUGUGAUUAUCAACUUUUAUGGACAAAUAUAACUAAUCAAUCAACAAUUAUUGACAAAAUUGAUAUUGAGCACUAGCAACUUAUCGACUAGCUUUCGAUCGACAUGUAUCGUCCUGCAUCAUCUCCGGCCAGCUGACAUAAUAAAUAUUAAAGUGCUAAACUGAUCUUGUUCUGAUCACACAAGCGUUGGAAUUCUUUAUGUAAAUCUUCAUUUUGAGUUCUGGGGUUUACCUUUAGAAAAUGUGAACCUUGUAGUAAAAUUUAUAGCUAAACUUCAGAAUGCCCAGCCACUUACAAAGUUCCUAUUGUGUUAUGCCUUGUUCAUUAAAGGGUUUGACUACUGGCCAGGAUUACUGAAACUGCUUUGUAGUUACAUCUCAAAGUCAUGUAGUAGUUAGAGUCCUUCUUUCCAUCAAUUAAUAAAUCCCUCAUUAUUAUCCACUUUGUAGCCAUAUUCAGUUUGAAAAUUAAAUAAGAAAGUGCUGGCGACAAUGAUCGAAGGUCAAAACGCUUUUGCUCAAAUGCUGUGCUUUGCAUAAGUUUCAUGUGACAGAUAGUCAAAACACACAUGAGCAGAUAAUUGUGAGUGACAGAAGGCCCAAACGCGUGUGAUCAAGUUGCGUUCUAUGCAGUCUGUUCAUUCCUAGUGGAAGUCCAAACAAAUGCUGGCUACAUACAUGCGACGCAUGCGGAAUAACAACCAGGCCCUGGUUGUUCAAACGUUGGAUAGCGCUAUCCACCGGAUAAAUCACUAUCCAGCAAAUAAGUAUUAGCGAAACGGAUUAAGCUAUCUACUGGAUAGACUGUGAUUUAUCCAGUGAAUCGCGCUAUCUGGAGAUUAGGAUUGCGGGCUCCUGUUGUCACUCGCAAUUAGGGAGACCAUGCCAAUUGCAUCAUCCAGUGGAUAGAGAUUAAUUUUAUCCUGUGGAUAGUGAUAUCCACCUUUUGAAUGACUGCUGGCCUAUAAUGUUCUUUUUUGUGGUGAGUAAGGGAGGGGGAGGUGGGGAGAAGUUUGGUCUCCCCCUUUAAAAAAUUUCCUGUGUCCACUCCGGUCCAUGGGGGAGAGUUCACUGAAAUGUAUUUUCUAUUUCUUUAAGUAUUGCUAUCACAGAGUUGGUUUAUUUUAUUCUAGGUUUUGAAAAGUUCUAUCCAAAGUCCUCAAAGAAAACGUCUGAUAAAGGUAUUAGGGCUUUCAUUCCUUUGGGAACUAUCAGGGAUGUACCAUAUCAGAUUUGUGCCUUUGUAGUUACAAGGUUGUGGGGACUAACACCUUGCAUCAGCUAAACUAACAGGACUUUCAUUGAAGUUUUAAUUGCAUGGCUGGUCUUUCAGGGAAGGUAGCCAGUCAUUUGUUGACUAAUCCUCCUAUAUUUGUUUAAUGCACCUAUCAAUGUAAACCCCGUGGGGGGGGGGGGGGGUGCGGGCAAGGGGGGGGGAUUUGCAAAAUUUAAAAAUUUUUCGAUAAAAUUCCCCGGGGGGGGAAACGAAAGGUCAAUCAAAAGGGUCAAAAAAGCCCCCACCCCAGGGGAAAAAAUCAAAAAAAAAAAUGCUAAAAAAAUAUAAAAAAGGAAUAAAAAAAAAUUUCAAACACGUUUUUACGACUUUUAAGAUCGGAAGAACNGACUUUCAUGGUGGAAUUCGAUUUCAAUCGAGUUUUACAAUCAGAUGGGAACUUGAAGAUAAAAACUUUCUCAAAAUAGACAUUAUCUGUUUAGAUGACAGUUUAAAGUAUCGGAUUAUGGCGAUUAAAACAAAUGAAAACUUCAUACUUUUCUCCAACAGCGUGACUUUCAGAAAGCCUCGAGGAACGGACUUGGUAACCGCUUCUGAAUUGAUACCAGGAAGACCAGGCUUCUGUCGGUCAAAGUCAAAUGUCCCGACCCCGGGGUCGCUUCGCAUGAUCAAAAGCCUGACAUGGGGAUAGUCUCAGGCAUCAAAUCCCUACCCCAUGCCCGCACUCCCCCCCCACGGGAUUUACAUUGAUAGGUGCAUAAGUUUGACCAAUUUCAAACUUAGAGUAGCCGGCUGAUUUUACGGCAGUAGCCAGCUAUUAAUGACUGCCCUGACUACAUGUAAUAUAUUUGAACCUCACAAUGGCCACUGUACAGUUUGGACAAUAAAUCAUUUGGCUGCUCUGUAGUGAUAAGGAAAGGAACAAAAGAUUAGAAGUCUUCAAGAGAGUCUGUUUUGUACUGCUUCUAUCAUACCUCUUCUACCCUUAUAAUAUUUUGUCCAGUUUUAUUAGAGUUUGUAGGGCAUGAAAUUGUACCUAAUACAAAAUGUACAGGCACCAAAGUGAAACUUCUCUAUGUAAACACUUUGGCUUGCCCAGUGGGCAGGGUCAACUCAGUGUAAGGCCAAAUUUCUCACAUAUGCGCUCAGUAAACUUCGCUCAGAUUGGAGGAUGACACUCUUUCCCUGGACAACUUUCCUUUGUAUAAGUGAGGUUUUACUGUGAUUGUUUGAUUUAAAGAGAAAACAUACUUUUGUUCUGUCAUUUGUGAUGGUAUGUUAUGCUCAUUUCAGGUUCAGAUGCUGGUAGCAAUGAGAAUUUUCAUUCGAACAACAGGGGAUCGUCAGGGGGUGACAGUGGAGGAGGAGGAGAGGGGGAUAACAAGCCCCCUGGAGGUGACUGGUGGAAAAACUUUCGUGAAAUCAACCCGCAGGGCUUUGCAAUAGGUGUUGCUUUAGCGGCAGUGGGAGCACUGUUGUUCAUGAAUGCUGCUGGGAUGGAAAGCCGAGAGAUUAACUGGCAGGAAUUUAGAACCAAGUAUCUUGAAAGAGGAGAGGUGAGUAAUGUUUGGAAAGCUUGCUUGUUUGUUUUUUUUUUGUUUGGCAAUUUUUAAUGACACAUGAAGCAUUUAUGUUACAGGUCAAAAAUUGAAUUCAGGUUAAAAUUUUUUAACCUAGGUUGAUUCUCAAUUUUCUUCGUGACCUAGCCCUAGUUAUUCAUGAGUUAUUAGUGGGACUGGGAGACAAAGGAAAUUGAGAAUCAACCUACAUGUAGGUUAAAAUUUUUUAACCUGCAUUAAUUUUGACCUGUAACAUAUAUACAUGUACAUGUAUAGGGCAAUGUUUUGCAUGAACACACUUUACAUACCCUUAUUAUACAGAUUUUUGUAAAUAAAUAAUAUUGAACUUCAACUGUUGUUUACUUUCUCUUGAUUUCCAAUUCAAUCCUUGCAUGAAUUGUCUUAAAAUGCUGCCUUCUUCGUCAAGACAUUCCCUUAACCUUCUAGGUCCCAAGAGUGACCAACAUCAAUUUUCUCCUAACAACAUCAGCAGAUCAUCAAGAGUAAAGGUUAUGAGAAAUACUAAAUUGAUUACCAAAGGGAGAAUGCUUUGAUCUUAAACCAAAUUCUCUCAACAACUCCUAAAAGAAAUGUAUGGAUAUCAGUGUGGAGAAUUGGUGUGUGGAUCCUGGGGCUUAAAGGGUUAAAAUGAUCCUGAAUUUUUCCCUCUCAAUCAGUCAGGCGUGUCAUCUCAAAUCUUGAUCAAUGCUCAGUCUUGUAACAGUCUUUAAUUUUUGUUUCUUAGGUGGAAAAGCUUGUUGUUUCAAACCAGACACUGGUUAAAGUAUUCUUGAAGAAUGACCCAAACAAGGUACUUAGAUGCAAAAACACGAUGAUCUGAUUGUCGAUUUAAUUUAAUUUGAGAAAAAUACUACCCCCGCCCUGGUGCCUUUACAUACACUUAUACAAUAUGUUUGGUAAUCAAAGAUAGUUACUUUGCUGGAAAGAUUGAUAAAGUUUGACAUUUAUCCCUUUCUUUUCUUUCUCUUCCUUUUUCUUCCUUUUUUUUGCCCUAAAUCACAUAAAUAAUAGUUUAAAUAACAGAGAUUUGUCAUCACUUUUACCCAAGAAUUCACAUGUGAUGAUCAGUUCAUGUGUGAUGGCCGAAAUUAAUAAUAGUACUUAUGCUUUGGAAGUGAGUCAAGGAAUGAUAUUUCUGAAUUUCUUUCUUUUUUGGUGAAACAUACGAUAAGUCAUGUGAUCUCUGUUUUCUUUGCAGAGCCGACUGUGUUUCACCAUUGGAAGUGUAGAAAGUUUUGAACGUAAUCUUGAGACUGUUCAACAGGAAAUGAACAUUGACCCUGCUUUCUGGAUUCCUGUAACUUACGUAAAGGAAUCAGAGUGGCUGUGAGUUUGUAUAAUCUGUUCACAUUUUAAUGUAAUCAGACCUUAAGCACAGGUCAGAGCCAAGACAGUCCUAGCUGUCAUCAAGGGCUAUAAUAUAGGGGUCAGGGUUUUAUUUGGCUCCAUUAGAAAAUAUCUAAUUUAAAUUUUGUAAGCUUUGGAUACUUUGGGACAUAGUAAUGUUCACAACACAAGAAAAUUGCAAAUUCUCCACUGCAUCUGCAAUUUCCUUGCAUUCAAAAAUUGUUGACAACCCUAUUAGCCAACAACUUUCCUCUGACGUGCAUACUACUUGGCCAUCAUACAUAAGAAGCUGCCUUUAAGAGACUUCCUGCUUACUUGCUCAACUUUUCACGGGUACCGCUCACCCUUGUGGCCUUUUAACAUUUGCCUAUUUAGGGCAUUCUUAAUCUUCUGCUGACACAGGUGACCCUAAUUUUUUAAGCAUGUCAUUCUAUUUCUAUUGCCAGUAAAAUUAAUUUAAUGAAACAACAGUUAAACAUUUUUAAUUUUAUUAACAGGAAAGAACUGAUUAGGUCACUGCCUACACUGUUGAUUAUCGGCGCAGUAAUUUACUUGACUAGAAAGCUUACCAGUGGAACAAGGGGACAGGGGGUGAGUUACAUAAUGUAAUAAACUUGUUUUCAAUCAAAACUACUGAUGUACAUGAAGGUACUUUGCAAGAAUAACAUUCUUCAUUAUUUCAUAGAAUGAGAUUCAGAAAACUUUGCGUGACUUCUUUCUUGUUGUUAGAGCAAUAGCAUUAGUUUAUAUUAAAUUCUAGAAAACACAUGAAGUUGAAAAAGACUCAGCCUCAUCAAAGGAACAAGAUCAAGAUCUACAGUUCAAGAAACAUUUUUAAAGAUUUAAUUGUGUGUAGGAACAGUGAUAUUAAUUUUGAGAUAAACAGAAUGUAAACGAUCAUUAACAUUAAUGAUAGGACAAGAUAAUGCUUUGUUUUAUUACCCACCACUUGGAAAUUAUAAUUAUCAACUUUUGAUCUUCAAAAUUAAUUAAUUUUUGUAAUAUGAAUUGCUUGUUUUCCUUUACACAGGGUAUAUUUGGGGUAGGGCAGUCUACAGCCAAAGUUUAUAACAAAGAAACAAGCGUUAAAGUUAGAUUCAAGUGAGUACUGGCUUCAAGACAACUUACAGUAAUGUGAAGACUUUAAUUAAGGUUCACGGAAUGUUAUUAGGACAUUUAAGAUUUCAUACAAGAAGUAAGACAAGAAGUAGCAUUAUAAUGCUCCUUCUGUAGUCAAUAACAAUCAAUUAGAAAGGUCUAUUAUCGACCUAAAAUACAAAAUUUAGAUUGUUAUUAUACUUUUGUUUGUAUUGUAAGUAAUUUUUUUUUCAGGGCUCCUAUUUAUAACAGAGUUUGCAUUGACUCUGAAUGGAUUUCCCUGAAAAUAUAAAGGGGUUUAUCUUUAUCUAAAUGCCAUUACUUAUUAUUGUAGUUGUAGUGCCUGCAGAUUUACAUAGGCUUUCCGGGUGUUGAUUAAAGUAUAGUGUAAAAAAAAAUCAAUGGUCUUGAGAGUCUUGUCUCUCGGUGUUUCCUCCAUCUUGGAGUUUCAAAAUUUUUGUCAGAAGUUCUUGUAUUUUCAAACAAGGGUCUUGGCAAGCCUCUGCAAUCUUAACCUUAUUCACUUCUAGGAAUGGUGCAUAUUGUAAUUGCUGCUGUUAACAGGAAGUUAUCUUUACUAACAUUAUAAUCUUCUUUUAAACUUUCAGGGAUGUUGCAGGAUGCGAGGAAGCCAAAUUAGAAAUAAUGGAGUUUGUUAACUUCUUAAAAAAUCCUCAACAGUAUCAUGAGCUUGGAGCUAGAAUACCUAAGGUACAGUGAACUGCCUUUUUAUAAACAUUUUACAGAGCUUAAAAGGGAGCUUAAUAACCAACCACAAUAAAGAUGGCACCGAAAACCUCACUUAAAAAAAUUCAUUUUUGUUCUUCCAAACUGUAUUGCAUUUAUUAAGCCUCGCUAAUUUUUUUUUCAACUGUAAGCGCAUUUUCCUGUAGUAGAAUAUUCUUGUAGACUCUAUCCAAUUAAGAAAGAGCUAGGAAAAAUAUGUCGUUGUAUAUUCAUGUCCUCCACAAAAUGUCAUGUUAGCAAAUUUCGGAUCAUGAUCAUGCAGUGGAUGUCAAAGAAAUGUACCAAAAAGCACAAUGCAUGUGCAGUGCUGUUACAUUGCUCAUGAAAACAACUUUUUUUACGUUCUUUUCGCUGUUGUUAUCAUAGUGGGUAGGUACAAUGCAUCUUAAUUUAAUUUAUUGUAGUUGGCCAUCAGACAUUUCCACAUUUUGGACAUAGGAAACUAGAGGAGUCUGAGUUGUUAUGGUUGAGUGACAAUGUAACUGUACAAACUCGCAUUAUGAAAUUGCGAGCAACAAGAGGAGCCUGCAAUCCUAAUCGCCAGAGUGCUGUUACACAAAUGUAUGGCCCUUAUGUAGCCAGCAUUCAUAUGGAAUUCCAUAAAGAAUGAGUCUGGAAUGCAUAGAAUGCAAUCCGGUCACGUGCAUUUGGACCUUACAUCACUGUUUGGUAAUAAUAUUAAUCAUUGUUGGACCAAUUAAACCAUUGCUAACGUUCAGUUGCUUGCUUUAUUUUUCUAGGGUGCCAUAUUAUCAGGGCCGCCUGGUACUGGUAAAACCCUUCUAGCCAAGGCAGUUGCAGGCGAGGCCCAAGUGCCAUUUCUAAGUAUCUCUGGAUCAGAAUUCUUGGAAAUGUUUGUGGGUGUUGGUCCAGCGAGAGUCAGAGAUCUGUUUGCUCAAGCAAGAAAGAAUGCACCGUGUAUUAUAUUUAUUGAUGAAAUCGAUGCUGUUGGUCGUGCCCGUGGACGCAGCGGUCAUAUUGGAGGGCAUGAUGAGAGGGAAAACACUCUUAAUCAACUAUUGGUGGAAAUGGAUGGUACGUGCUUCCAAGUACUGGUUUGAUGUAUUUAAUGUUACUAUCAUGCUUUUGAGAUUCCCAUGUGAGUCACUCUUUGCUUUUGUUUAAGCUGGUUGAAUAAUGACAAGGUGUGGCAAGGCACACUUAUCACAGCGAGACAUUGUCUCCAGGUUCAUCCAAUAAAUACUGAUGUACUAUAAGCUACCUAGACUCAUUGUGCUAAAUGACUAGCCUUGAAAAAGGCCUUCAAAACAAGAAGAAGGACCAAUCCAUGAAUGCUAAGAUGUAUUAGUUUGUAAGCCAACUCACAUUAAAUAGAAUUCAUCAAGAUUUAGCUAAAGAGAUCGAUGUCAUGAAGGCUAGGCAAAUGUUUCGAAUACUUUUUACUUGGAAGGUCACUAAAUGGGAUGAGGUUAUUGAAUUGCCCAUGGCAUAGAGUAAUAUUAUAUCCAAAAUAAGGCAAUUCGCAAGGCAAAUUUUUGUUUUGCUUUGUUUGAUUUAGGGAUGGCAUUGCAAAGAUGAUCAAACAGAUAUACAUAUAAUUUAUGGCAAAGAUGAUGAAAAAUACAGAUAUUAAUCGUGACUGCUUACAAACAAUAUAGUUUGAGUAUACUGUUAGUUUGUGUCCAGCUGUAAAAUGGUGUUAAAAAUUUUGUUUUGAUUUUGCAACUCAGUUGAAUUUACAGUCCUUGACACAGUUAAUGUCCUUACAAAAAUGUGGAUGCUGACUCAUAGUGAUGAAGUCUUUGUUUUUCAGGUUUCAGCUCCACUACAAAUGUUGUAGUAUUGUCAGGUACAAACAGACCUGAUGUACUUGAUCCGGCUCUGCUGAGGCCUGGACGGUUUGACAGGCAGAUUCACUUGCCACCUCCAGAUAUAAAAGGAAGGUAAGAGAAAGAGAGCUUCUAAAAGGAGAAGUUUAGUAGGAUUCAUGUUAAAUACAUAUAAACGAAAACCCUCGGUGCUUGAGGUCAGUUGUUGGUUUGUAUAGGCAUACUCAGAUGUUUAAUGCUGCUUAGUUCAUGUGAUGUGUCAUUCAUACAUGUACAGUGUGAUGAGUUUCUUCACGUGGUGUUUGCUGAGAGUUUUUUUUAGCCAUGUUUUCUCCUCCUCUCCCUCCUCCCCUAAACCACCACUUCCCCUCCCCAGUUGUUUUCUCUGAUAUUUUCAGUGUGAUGGUUGCCUGUUUUUUCUUCAAGUUGGAGCUCAUGGCUGUUGCAUGGUUGUGCCAUUCCCUGGAUACUCUAGGCACCCAACCUACAUUGAACAAUGUAGUUGUUAAUGAUCUAAAAAGCAACUGGCUAAAAUAGUUUUUUCUGUUCCUUUAAAUCUAGAUAUUCCAUCUUUAAAGUUCACCUGAAACCCCUGAAGACAGAUCUGAACCUGGAUACAGUGGCAAGAAAGAUGGCUGCCCUUACACCAGGAUUUACUGGUAAGCAUUCUGUAAGGUUUGAUCAUAAGACAGUUAAGGUUCAAACACGCCAGGCCACAAGUCACAGGUAACAUGUCAUGUCAUGAUGACAGAUCACUCCUUGUGUACAUACAGGUCAGGCGACUAAGUGGAGCAAAUGCUACUGUGACACAUCGCGGCAACAAAUUGCUUCAUGUGUACAGGAGAAUUUUUGUAAAAAUCUUUGUCUCUGCAGCAUAAUUUUGUCACCGCAACAGAUCGCGUAAAUUCUGUCUGAUUUGAUAUUUUGCGGCAAGAAAAUUCUAUUGCAGAGACCAUGAUUUUCACAAAAAUUUUCCAGUUAACACAUGAAGCGAUUUGACACUAUGACAUGUUGCUGCAACUUAUCGCGUAGUGUGUAGCGACCUUUAAGAAUAUUUAAGAUGGUCCUUGUAAGUUCUAUGUUAUGUGCCCUUGCAAUAAUUAGCACAGUCCUUGUACUUCUUGUAUAAGUUGCUUUUUGCUCAAAUAUGUUUCAACAUGGAAAUCAGUUUAGUUUUAGUUGCUGAUUUUCUGAUAAAACAGGUUCUGAAACAAACAGGGUCAUUAACAGCCUUGGCACCUGGACAUUGAGACAUUGAUAUGCUGGGUUUGUCUUGACCUAAACUAAAAGAUUCAUAAAUACCAGCGGGAAGGUGCCUCAAAUUUGAAAAUAAACAGUAAACAGAAUUGUAAACAGGUCUCACCAGAAUCUACAUAUAAUUAUAACACUCUUCAACUGGAGGUUGACCCUAUAGAAAUUCAUUUUCACUGCUUUUAUUUAUUUUUUUAGCAGGCAAGACAAACAUAAAACUGGAAUAUUGCCUUUCACAAGACAAGGCACUUCCCACUGCUGGCAGUGGUAUCUUGUGAUUAAGAAUUUUUUCGCGUAUUCAUGUCUGUUAUUUGUUCUAAUUUGUUUUAGUAACAUUAUAUCCUGCUGAUAGUCUGUAGGAAACAUGCUCUUAGGGUUAUGAUACUCUUUUGCCUGCAGGGGCUGACAUUGCUAACGUGUGUAAUGAAGCUGCACUCAUUGCUGCCAGAUACCUUAUGCCUAAGGUGGAAUUAACUCAUUUUGAACAAGCAAUUGAGCGUGUGAUUGGAGGUGAGUGCCGCUGAAGCUGUAGUUAUGCCACAAACCCCAGCCUCCCAAUAUCGCACCCUGUGUUCAGUUACUGUAAAUGUUUGAAUUUAGUUCUAAGAAGGAAACAAUCUUUAACAGUAAACAGGAAAGUGUCUGUCAGAGGAACACAAAUCUGGGUGUUGUCACUUCCAAAGUCCAGUUGUCUCUGAGGUCCUCUAAGUUCUGCUUUUGAAAUUAUUCUGUUAUUCCCUACCAUUAUUCAUUAAUUUUUUCUUUCUUGGGGGAGAGUCGUGUGCGCCUUUUUUAAAGGGGUUGCUUAUUAAUAAUUUUUAUAGUUUUUGUCUCCAAGCGGAGGGGAUCGGGGGGUGGGGGGGGGGGGGGGGGAUUGUUUUUUUUUUUUUUUUUUUUUUUUUUUUUUUUUUUUUUUCUUUUUUUUGUUUUCUAUCUUUUUUUUUUUUUUUUUUUUUGUGUGGGGGGUGGGGGGUUGGUGUUUUUUUUUAGGGGGUGUUUUUUUUUUGUUUUUUGUUGUUGUUGGGCGCGGGGGGGGGGGGGGGGGGGGGGGGGGGGGGGGGGGGGCGUUGCAGUCACUUUUUUGGUAGUUGAAACUAGACAACUUUAAGCAUUUACUGUAGUUUUGGGUGAAACGUAAACUUCUUACAAAAGACAUAGCUCUUUAUCAUAUUACUUUACUACCUGAUUAAAAUUUCGUAUGGAACCAUAACAUAAAAAAAAUACAAUUUUGUUUGUCUCAUGUUGAUUAUUAGGCGUGAGAACCAGUCUUGUUGGAGUUGUCUUAAAUUUUUCGUUUGUAUCAUUUUUAGGCCUGGAGAAAAAGACACAAGUUUUACAGCCUGAAGAAAAGAAAGUUGUAGCAUAUCAUGAGGCUGGCCAUGCUGUGGCUGGGUGGUUUUUGGAACACGCUGAUCCUCUUUUGAAGGUUCAAAUUUUGCUGAUGGUUUCAAUAAGUAAUCACCAAAAUAUUAAUUAGUUCACCAAAACACCAGUCAUUGUAGCAGCUGAUAGACCGUCCCAGGUGUUCAGUGGUAACUGGUCAUUUGGCCCCCUAUUUUCAAGUCAUUUAGCGCGCUUCAAAUGUGAUAUUCCUCAUUCUAUAAUCCAUAAAGCAAAACAAGCGUGCUUCAAAAUAUAAUGUAAUACUCCUCUUUCUUUAAGCCAUGAACCAAAACAAGUACUCUUCAAAUAAUUCCUCGUUCUAGAAUAGGGGGCUCAGUAACUGGGGCGAAAUGACUUGCAAGAUGACCUGUAACCUGUUCAGCGAGUGCAGAUGUGGAUGUGAAGAAGAAAAUAAAAUUGAAGCAGCAAAAAAAUUGCAUUUUAUUUUUUGAACCUCCUCCCUCCAUUUGAAUUCCUGGAACAGGUUGAAUAGCUGAUGAAUGAUCUCACAGCUUUACAUGUAAGUAGGUUUCCUUUGCAAUUUCAGCACUACAAAGAGAAAAAAAAACACGUAAACAAACGCUUAGAUUAGAUUUAUUGGUUACUGGUUUAACUGAAUAAUUGUGUAUAUGUACUAUUAACCUUUCACAAUUAUGUUUAAUUGAGUAUUUUGGGCUGCUGGAAUUUAACUUGCCCUGAUCAGUCAGAACAAAGGCAUGUGGUCAGUCUGUCACCAAAGAUAUUCCCCAUUGUAUUUUUCGCUCCUUAGCUACAUUUAGGAUUUGUUCAUGCUCAUUAAAGUAAUAUUUCCAUAAAUUUUCAGGUUUCAAUCAUCCCAAGAGGCAAGGGACUUGGUUAUGCUCAGUACCUUCCAAAAGAACAGUACUUAUAUUCCACAGAACAGGUGUGUAUCACGUGCGCAGAUCAUGCUCGAUACUGUUAUAAAUGAGAUAUGUUAAGCAGUUUCUCUCAUCAGCGAACUUGUCCGCUAUCUAUUCAUACACGUAGUUAUCAUCUGAUUAUUAAUUUGAUCAUUCCCGUACAUUACUCUUGCAGCUGUUAGAUCGCAUGUGCAUGACAUUGGGGGGAAGAGUAUCGGAGCAGAUAUUUUUUGGUCGAAUUACGACGGGCGCUCAAGAUGAUCUCAGCAAAGUAACCAAGAGUGCUUAUGCUCAGGUACACAUUCAUUACAAAAUCUAACGUUGGUUACCGGUUGUUUCAAUACAAGUUUAUUCCUUCCAGGGGUAAAUAGUUUCACGUACUUGGCUUAAAGAACAAAGGAUAAUAUUCACCCAAACUGUUUUUCUUGUUCAAUUGCAAACUUUACUGGAAGUGAUCGAAAUUGUUAUGCAAUUUCACUGCUUGAGUUCAUAUCGAAACGACCGGUUUCCUUUACAUGCCCCCCUCCCUUGACAGCUGCUCAAGGGACUGUCGUUUUUUUGAAAUAAACUUUUGUUUUUGUAACCUCUCUUGCCACUGUUAAUCUGUAUUUUUGGUGAUUAAAAAUAAAGGGAUUUUACUAAGUUAAAGUACAGCCUUCCAUGCAGACAUCCUUAGGGCUUCGUCACCGUUCAUUCCCUUGGGGAGGAUGGCAUGAUGAGGCAAAAGAACGUCUGUGUGAGGGGCUACUAAAAGUAUUACUUUGCUCUGAAAUCAUUGGCAUGAUAUUGGAAUGAUAUUGACCAUGAUGGCUUGCCUACAGGCUAAAUGUUUUGCAAUGUGUCAAAGGUGCGCUAGUAGCUUAGCUAACACAUUGAAUGGUUUGGGAAUGGAAAGCUGUUUAUUAAUAAUUAUUGAGUUCAGCCAGAAGCAUAUAACCCCAUGCGUUUGGUUCAGCUAUCUAGCGAGCUUCUCUGAUAAACUUUUUAUCGUCAUUAAUUUUAAUAAUUUCCUUGUCAUAGGUCGUAACAUUUGGAAUGAACGAAAAGGUUGGAAAUGUAUCGUUUGACCUGCCACGCGAAGGAGAACCCUCCUUUGAUAAACCCUACAGCGAGGCCACCGCGCAGCUUAUAGAUGAACAAGCCAGGGAUGUUAUAAACAAUGCUUACAAGAGAACCUUUGAUCUUCUUACCAAACAUAAGGAGGAUGUAGAGAAGGUGAGCAUCAAGCUUGCAAUACAUUCGUUUUGUCCAGUUUUAGGGUCGCAAGCAUUUUGCAUGCAAAACUAAGCGAGAAUAAUUAUUAAGCUUUAGAGGUUCAGUUGUUUUCACUCGCUUUUGAAGGAACCGCUUGACCAAUAGAGAGAAUUGUGACGUAACGUUACCAUGGUAGCAAACUAUCUGGGGACAAAGAUGGUCAUUUGCAUUGUCGAACAAUAAAAGUAAAGUAUGGGCUACCUUUUUGUUCUUAAGUGCAAAUCAUGCACAGGAGAGGCAUGUCAGUUUUUUUCUUUUUUUUCUCUGCCACAUUUGCAGGACCACGGUUUGUUGAGAUCUAAAAAUUUUGCUGCCAUGAUAUUUUGCUAUAAUGCAACGACUUCUCUCUAUCCUUAGUAAGACUCUAAUUUUCAGUAACUGACUCUAUUUUUGCAGAUCGCUUUGCGACUCCUAGAAAAGGAGGUACUGGGGCGAGAAGACAUGAUAGAGCUUUUAGGACCCAGGCCAUUUAAAGAAAAGUCCACGUACGAGGAGUUUGUUGAGGGGACUGGUGGUGACACAGAGGAUACCAGUCUUCCCAAAGGACUGAAAGGUCUGCAAGAACAGCUGGAGGAAGAGGACCCCCCCACGAAUACCAUACCUACGUAGUGCUUUGAAGGGAUGGUUAAAGACUUUUUGGCAGGGAGGGGAGGGUUUUUAAGAUGUAAACUCUUUGUCCAAUGAAUUGCCGUUAGUGGUCACACCUGUCUUUUCCUUCCACUUUCAAGAAGUAGAACCCUUAAUUCUAAAUGACGAAGAAACGACAACACACUUCCAAAUGAAAGUACCUGUAAGUUUGAAGAAGUUUAAUUCGAAUUUUUAUGCCUAAUGGUUUUAUCCACAGACUCGAAAAUUAGAGCCACCUUGUACAGUAUACACUGUAGUAAACAGUGUGAGGUUUAAGUAUUUCCCAGAGACUUUCACUGCUCAGAAAGCAGAAAAAAAAGCUAGAACCAUCAUGGACAGCACGACAGUACCGCAGUUGAGUACUGCCCAGUAGCUGUCAUUUGAAUGGUCACACUUUCAGAAUGUCACCAAAGGAAAGUACUACUCGGGGGCGAGAUGCACUUAGUAGGCCUCUCCCACUGAAUAUAUAUCUCAAGUAUUUUUCUAACUAACAGACCACUGUUACAGGUAUUUGACUAUUUUCGAGUUCCACAAGCCUCAGUUUCAAAGCAAGGUUAAGUGCGAAGACAUUGAUGUGCAAAUGAUUUUUUAUUCUCAUGUAAGUAAAACUCAUUUUCACAACAAAGGUUUUGCACGCAGCCUCGUAUUUAAAGUGAGAGUUUUUUGGAACUCGUGGCUUAAUCUAGAAUUAGUUUAACUUAAGCGAGUGGUGUGGAUCUGGCCUGGGAGCUUUCAUUCACAGACUGCGAGUGAAAAGCAUAUUGCUCGAUAUGAUAGGUGAUAAACGAGUGAGAAAUUGAGAAACUACAACCUUUGUUUGAAUUGAGCUGUCUUAAAAAAUUCUCCUGUCAGUAAACUUAGACGUAAACUAAGAUUAAGUUCAACUUUGGUGCAAUGAAAAAAUAAGAACGGUUUGUGUAUUGAGGUGGUCAUCUUGUCUCUGUCUGAGGAAUAGCCCCUGGAGGAUGUGUAAAAUAAUUUCCCACUACAUGUAUCACUUUGUUGAACAUAACAUAUCGCCGUUGUACAUUGUUAAAAAAUAUAAAUAAAAUGUAAGUUUCUGGUGGUCGUGCCUAGUACUUAAGAAACU